AUGACGGCAGCCAAUACCUCCAUUUGGUCAGCUGAGGCAAUUUUGGGAAAUUUGAAAUUUGAAGAAUCAUUUGAGCAACGGAAAAAACAAACGAAGAGAAAACUCUCGCGGCAAGCGCCGGAUUUGAGUGACUUGGCAUGUCUUGGGAAUGGCCGUGUGCAUUCGGAAAUCUGGAAGAUUUGA